CUCCCUCCGCCGGCGGCUUUAGUCAGCCAGCCUGCAGCCCGCAGCCCGCGAGCCGCAGAGGGCCGGAGCCUCGGACACCGCCGCCGCCGCCGCCUGCCAUUGUUCGUCCGGCUGAAGCUGCGGCUGGCGCGGGAGCCCCGGGCCGGAGCCACGGGGACAUCAUGACAACAGAGAAGAGUGUAGUGGUUGAAGCUGAGAAUUCUCAGCACCAUCAACAGAAGGAAGAAGGUGAGGGAGCCACAAACUCAGGACAAGAAACUCAGCUGGAAGAAGCUUCCCAACCGGCAGCUGAGGGCAGUAAUCAGUGUGAGCAGAAGCUGAAAGCAUCCAAUGGGGACACUCCGACACAUGAAGACUUGACUAAGAACAAGGAACGGACGUCAGAAAGCAGAGGCCUGUCACGACUGCUUUCCUCAUUCCUCAAAAGGCCUAAGUCUCAGGUUUCUGAAGAAGAAGGCAGAGAAGUAGAGUCAGAUAAAGAAAAAGGUGAAGGCGGUCAGAAGGAGAUAGAAUUUGGAACCAGCCUUGAUGAAGACGUCAUUUUAAAGGCUCCUAUUGCAGCUCCUGAACCUGAACUCAAAACAGAUCCGUCUCUGGAUCUUCAUUCAUUAAGCAGUAUAGAAACUCAGCCAGCUCAGGAAGAACACCGAGAGGAUCCAGAUUCUGAAACAAAGGAAGGAGAAGGGAUUGAAGAGUGCUCCAGGGCAGGCGUGAAGGAGGAGCCUGAGUCAAAAGCAGAAAGAGAGCCCGAGGCUUCGCAGAAGCCCGUCCGGAGACAUAGAGACAUGCACUGCAAGGUCUCCUUGUUGGAUGACACAGUCUUUGAGUGUGUGGUGGAGAAACAUGCUAAGGGACAGGAUUUGCUUAAGCGAGUUUGUGAGCACCUCAAUCUGUUGGAAGAAGACUACUUUGGUUUAGCUAUUUGGGAUAGUGCAACCUCUAAGACAUGGCUGGAUUCUGCCAAAGAAAUAAAAAAGCAAGUUCGAGGUGUUCCGUGGAAUUUCACAUUUAACGUGAAGUUUUAUCCACCAGACCCAGCACAGUUAACUGAAGACAUAACAAGAUACUAUUUAUGUCUCCAGCUUCGGCAGGACAUCGUUGCUGGACGGCUGCCCUGUUCCUUUGCAACCUUAGCCCUCCUCGGCUCUUACACCAUCCAGUCUGAACUGGGAGACUAUGACCCAGAACUGCAUGGCGUGGAUUAUGUUAGUGAUUUUAAACUGGCCCCAAAUCAGACCAGGGAACUUGAAGAGAAAGUCACGGAGUUGCAUAAAUCCUACAGGUCCAUGACUCCAGCUCAGGCUGACUUGGAAUUUCUUGAGAAUGCCAAAAAGUUGUCCAUGUAUGGAGUUGAUCUUCACAAAGCAAAGGACUUGGAGGGAGUGGAUAUUAUCCUUGGAGUCUGCUCUAGUGGCCUUUUGGUUUACAAAGAUAAGUUGAGAAUUAACCGUUUUCCUUGGCCCAAAGUGCUAAAGAUUUCUUAUAAACGUAGCAGUUUUUUCAUCAAGAUCCGGCCUGGAGAGCAAGAACAAUAUGAAAGUACCAUUGGCUUCAAGCUUCCCAGUUACCGAGCAGCUAAGAAAUUAUGGAAAGUGUGUGUGGAGCAUCAUACGUUUUUCAGACUCACCUCUACAGACACCAUUCCCAAAAGUAAAUUUCUUGCCCUGGGAUCUAAAUUUCGGUACAGUGGCCGGACUCAAGCACAGACCAGGCAAGCCAGUGCUCUGAUUGACAGGCCCGCCCCACACUUUGAGCGGACAGCAAGCAAACGGGCCUCCAGGAGCCUUGACGGAGCAGCAGCUGCUGAGUCCGCAGACCGAAGUCCUAGGCCCACGUCUGCACCAGCCAUUGCUCAGAGUCAGGUCACAGAAGGGCCGGGCGUCAAAAAGACCCCGAAGGAGGCAGCGAAGGCUGAAGUGAAGGGGGAAGAAGAGCCGUCUGAGCAGGCUGAGCCAGAGCCCACAGAAGCGUGGAAGGUGGAAAAACCCCACACCGAGGUCACAGUACCUACCUCAAAUGGUGACCAAACACAGAAGCUUGCAGAAAAGCCUGAAGAGCUGAUAAGAAUGAGGAAGAAAAAGAGAGAGAGACUAGAUGGUGAAAACAUUUAUAUCAGACAUAGCAAUUUAAUGUUGGAGGAUUUAGACAAGAGUCAAGAAGAAAUAAAAAAGCAUCAUGCCAGCAUCAGUGAGCUGAAAAAGAACUUUAUGGAAUCGGUACCCGAACCACGACCUAGCGAGUGGGACAAGCGCUUAUCCACACACUCACCCUUCCGAACUCUUAACAUCAAUGGGCAAGUCCCUACUGGAGAUGGAGUGAAGAAAACUUCUACCCUCCCCUCGGAAAGAAAGGUUGGUGGGCCAGAGACACAGGAACAUGCUCUGUUAGUACAGGGUGAAGAGAAAACUAAAAGGCCAGAGAGAUCCACUGAGAGAACCUUGCCCCAGCAAGAAAAUGAAGAGAUUGCUCCCAAGGUUUCUAUUCCAAUCCCCGAGGAACACAAGGCUCUCAAAAAGUGCCUCCUCUACUCUAGUCCUUUCCCGUCUCCUCGUAUUCCUUUCAUGAUGUCUUUUCUCCUGGUCCUUGCACUGGCUGUUUGGUGGUUGAUCUUUCUAUGAUUGGAAAACAGGGUGCUCAUCUGACAUGUCAAGACCAAAACCAGUGAACUCCUAUCUGUGGCUUCAAAUGUGUAAUUGCCUACAUCAUGCCUCUGAUCUUGAUCCUUCACUGUUAUAGAGACCUUUUGUGGUCAUGUUUCCUGUCCAAUAAUAAAAUGUGGAUCUUUGGAGAGUUCAUGUUGUGAGGAAAAAGAAGUAGCAAUGGAUUGUCCAAGCCAGCGUGCCUGCCCUGAAGUCAACACAUUUAGGCAAAUCAGAUUGAGGUGCAUGGCAGGUGGUACUCACCCAAAAGCCACCCUGCAUGCUCUUACUGUGGACUGCUGCUGGGUCCCCCUUUUCUGUGUCUCACAGAGGCUGGGACACUCUGAAAACAUUGGAUGGAUGAACUCUUUUCCCAGUCUCCUAGAGCCAUUUAUGCGGCAUGGGCUCUGUAGUUUAAGAAGAAAUUCAACUUCCCAACCUUUCAAAAGCCUUAAAAUGAUAGAUUUCAUCCCCAAAUCCAUAACCACUCUUUUUCUUGGAGUGUGGAGUCAGUACAUACAAAGGCCUUUUCUGGAAGGGGCUGUGACACCUGUGGCCUUUUUGUCGGUGUGUAUGAGCUGUCCAGGAUAGACGACUGUAUCCUGCCUGCUGCGCAGAAGCAUCAUGCAGUGGUUAAAUGCUGUCUUUUCAUACACAGAGCUGAUUUGGUUUAGGGAAAUGGUGCUGGUGUCCCUAGGCCUCCAGCCAGGGCUGAAAAUUUCAGACUACCUACCUUUAAAAGUCCUGGAGUCCAGGUUAACUCAAGAUCUGUAUGUAAACACACUUUUCUCUAAACGAAAAUACUGUCAUUUCCUAUGGCUUAAGUAAUUAUUGCUAGAAGCAAUAUUUAGCUGUUAAAAUGAGCUUAAAAGAUACUUUGUUUCCUUGUACUUCACACUUGUGUGGAGAUCAGCUGUUUCUAAUUAUUAGCCUUGCGAGCUAAGCUUCUAUUAUGACACGUGUCCAGUUUGCAUGUUGAUUGUGAGGCUUCCCUGAAGUAACAGUGAGCACACCCUUCUCGGAGCACCACUUGGAUGCCUAAAAUGGUGGGUUUUUACCUUACUAUUAACCUUGCAUGAUGUUGCUUGCUUGCUAUGGCAUUUGAAUGCAUCAAUCUGGACGAAUUGUUAGCUUCACAAACUCUAUCUUGGACUCUGAAUUACUAGGGUCAUCACAUUGAGACUACUAUAUUUUGUGUUACUUCUUAAGGCUUUUUGAUCAAUGAAAUUUCUAAAGAUGAAUUUUGCCUUUGAAACAAUGGAGGGGAAGGGAAAGAGAGAGAGAAACAGUUAAAGCAAAGAUUUUGUUGUUGCUCUUCGAUGCUCACUAGUAUUGAUCUGUUGUCUCGACAGACAUGAUUAUCUGAUAUUUAUUGAAAACUGUCAUGGUACUCUGUCAAUAUUGGAGUUUAAAAGAAAACAAAGAACUGGAAAAAAUAAGCAAGGGCCAGGCUAGAUUAAAAAAAAAAUGAAUGUAUAUGGUUUGUGUCACAAGGUGUUAUGUCUAUUUAUAACAAAUGUUUUGUAAAUAAGCAUAUUUGUUGAUUCACUCGUAAGAAAAGAGGGAUUGCAAAGUCACCUGAAGUACUGUAAAACUGCUUUGCAAGGCAGAACGUGAUAAUCAUAAGGAUGCCCUUUAUCUGUGAAACAGAUGUGCGAUCUCCUUAAUGAAAUAACAAGUGAAACUAGCAUUGGUUAUGUUAUUGUCAGUCUUUUUUUAGGAAUUAAAAGGAAAAUAAUCUUAAAAUUUUAUCAGUACUUUUGUAACUUUCAAAUUAUAUUUCCUAAAGUUCCAGUUUUCAUCACUGUACACAACUUUUUAUUAAUUAUUGUAAAUGCCACCCUGAAUUUUGUUUCCUUUUAUAUUGGAAUUAUUUCAAAUCCAUUAAAAGUUUAGUGUGAGCCAGUGGUGCUGUUGCGUGUUCUGAGGUGUGACAAGGAUCCUCAGAGAUCUUUGCUGACAAAGAAGCCAUUUCUCAUUAGUGAGGCUGCUAAGAGGGGACGCCAGACCCUUCUACUGAACAAGCUGACUCCCACGGCUCAAGAGAUAGACCUGUCAUAGCUAGGAGAGGACAGACACCGGCUCUUCCAGCCCUGGAUGAUCUCAGGUUGACGCUCCAGGACUUGUACCUGAAGCUGCAAACAGCUUUACUUCCUUCCCCACUUCACUCUGUUCUCAGUACGGCGGGCGUUCCAAUGACUAGGGAUCGCUUUGCCCUGGGUCGGCUUCUUCAUGGCAGAUCCAUAAGUAAUUUGAACUAAAGAUAUCUAUACGACCUGUGUAAAGUCUUCGAUUUUUGCCUUGUUUUCCCGUGGGUCACUUCUAGAGUGACUUGAGGAAAUCACUUAACUAUUUGGUGCCCAUAUUUCCAGCUAGGACCUUUCAGACAAAUCUACCUCAUGAGAUGGACCUGCAGCAUGUUUCAGAAACUGAUGAUGGUUCCAUCCUCAGUCUUUGAGGGACUAGGAAGAUAGAAUUCAAGGAAAAAACAGACAUACAUGAGCCUCUUGAGAUUCUUAUUUCUGGAAGUAAGCAAACAGCCAUGUUUAUUUCUGUCUGUUUCUGGUUGAUAUUUGACCAAGCACUUAAAACUAAUGAAGUUAAAAAUGCCUUUUUUUUAUGCUAAAUUUAUCUGUCUUUUAAUAAAUUCAGAUGGUAUUCUUCGAGUAGAGUGUACUUGGGAAUAGGCCCAGCUUCUUUAUUUUAGACCUGUUUUUUAGCUGUUUGCUUAUGGCUAGCAUUUGUAGUAUGAAGUAGAUUCCAUUUGCAAGUUUACAACUUUGUUUACAUUGUUAGUAGAAACUUUAAGGGGACUGACUGUUGAUCAAGAGUAGACUGGAGUCACCUCUGGAGCUAUCCUGCUGUCAUCAGAGAACCUAGGGGCCUCUUAAGUCACUUCUGUGGAUAAUCCCAUGGGUCAGUCUCUACCGUUAAGAUUCAGUUGUUUUUAGAGCUUAUUACCAAUAAGAGUGUAUACUUACACUUCACCCAGUGGCCAUUUGUUUAGAAAAGACAAAACCACAGUGAACUACUGUCUUGCUGUUGCUCCACAGAACCCUGUACACAGCGGCCCUCCUUCCCUUUACACUUCAUACAGAUGAUAAAAUCCUGAACUUUACGGUGUUCUCCACAGAGAAACUUCACUUUUUUAUUACACCCUAACUACCCACUCCACGGUGUUUGUGACACUAGCUGAGGCAGCUCCUUUUAGUCUCUGGUCUGCUCUGUGGGACUCCUUCAGCUCCUCCUCUACAGUCCUCUGUGGUGUUAGUGGGCCUGCUCUCCUCCUGCCACUGCACUGCAGCAGAUAGAGAAACCAACCCACGGGUGUUGGGCUGGGAAAAGGCGGCCAAAUGGUUAUGAAGGUCUACACUUGGGGUUAGCCUAGGAGAGGACAAGGGUGACUAUGAUCCCCAGGGUUAAAUUCAGGGGGAUUUUACUUGGUAAAUAAAAUUCCUGUUACCACUGCUCCUUAUUUCCACAGGUCUAAAACACAGGCUGAAAAUGAAAUUUUAAUAAUAGUUUAACUGUAUGACAAGAUGGCAGCUUAUUGAAACAUGUUUCUUCUCAUCUUUUGUGACUGAUAUCCUAGGUGGUUUCAGUGUCUUUUCAUUUACCAUACAUAAUUAGAAUCCUCUUUGGGGUAAAUAAUAGUUAAGUCUAGGAUUAAAAAGAGGGAAGAGCAUAGAAUCCCAGCUAUCUUUUAUGGUCCCUAGAUCAAUAAAGGCAGUUAGCCUCUCAAAGUUUGCUUCUCUGCUGUCUCUUUAAAGAAAAGGGGGUAUAGCUCAGUCACAGAGUGUGUGCUUAGCAUUCCUGAGGCCCUGGUUUGAUCCCCAGGGUAAUGAGAAACAG